CUUAGGUAUGAGUGUUUCCGUACCAAAGAAGUCUGAACCCUCAAAGAUAUCUGAUUUAAUUGAUUUUUGCCCGACUCUUAAUUUGUAUUUAAAGCCCAUAGCUCGAGUGUGUAUUACAGUUCAGAUCCCUCUUCUUCAUGAUACAUCUGGCCAGUUAAAAUCGUUUACUACAUGGGAGAUCAUUGAAAAAAUUCGGCAACUAUGUCCUGGAAUUCUUGCUCCAUCCACUGUUAUGAAAGUAGUCCACACUACGUUGGAAUUUGUUAGGUUCGCUGUUGACUUGGAAAACAAAACCGACGUCAGGCGCGUGGUUACAAGUUUGGAAAGUCAGUUUAUCAAGCUAAGUGGAUUUCCACAAAACCUUCGUGUUCGCGCAAGUGAAGCUCCAUAUGACUGUCCAAGACGUCAUGAUUGGGAAGCGUUUUUUCGUGAUGCUCAAAAUAUGGAUGAGACUAAAUCUGGUGAGAGGCCUGACACUCUUGUACUCACUGGUCUUCCUAUCAGAUGGUUUGCGAGUGGAUCACACAACAGGCCACGAUUUCGCGUUAAUAGUGAUGACACUAACAGCAGCUAUUUAUCUCUUUUGGUUGACGAAGAAAAACCUGAUCCUUCGAUUGUAAAAGAAGCAUUUGAAGUAUUUGGAAAAAUUCGGGAGAUUGAUAUUCCAAUGUUAGAUCCUUCACAAAAUCCUGAUUGCUUGGAAGAUUAUAUAAAUAGCAAUGACACUUUAAAUAGUUCAUGUGAUACAUUAAAAACGGACACUUCAGUUAACAAACCCAUUGAAUAUUCUUUCCGUAACGGUUCUGGCUGUACAGAGGAAUAUAUCGGUGGGUUCGGAAAAAUUGGUCCGGAUACAAUCGGAAUUUUAAAUCCAACUAUACAACACGGUGUAAUUAAUUCGUCUUCAGCGGACUCUGACAAAUCAAAAGUAUCUUAUUUGACGAAGUCGAAAAACUCCAAUAUAUUGACUAGUCCAACUAAUACAAGUGUUGGUAGUCCACUUACAUUCAUAGCAUAUGUACAAUAUAUGGAUUAUACUGGAUUUAGCCGUGCUAUGGACAUGCUGCGUGGUCAGAAACUUGUUUAUGCUCCAACUUAUCGAAGUCAGUCAUCAGCAUUGGCGGAUCAGAAUGAAAAGUUAUAUUAUGCAGCUGAAAUUAAGAUUGAUUUUGAUCGAACUAAACACUUAUCACCAGAUUCUAUUCAUGCAAGACAAAACAAACGAAAUCAACUACUCAUAGUUGCUGAACGUAGACGUGUUGAAGCAAGAACUAUAGCUGAAGCAGCGCGUGAACGUCUACGUCUUUUAGAAGAUUCAGAGCGUAAAGCCGUAGAACGACGUGAAGCAGAAGCAUUAGCCGCUGAGGCUGAGCGUAUAGCAAAACGUGCUGCACGAGAAGAAAGUAAACGACAAAUUGCAAUAGAUAGGUGUAAAACAAUUAAAGAAGAAUUACUUAAAAAGAAAAUAUCCCUUGAAGAAUACCGUCGUAUAGUGGCUAUACGUAAAGUGGAGGGUAUACGAUUAAUGACGUUUUUACUAGCAAAAAUACAGGCUCGUCAUGAUUUAAUCGUGGCUACUAGACGUCUUGAUCGUAUUUCAAAAGCAGAAAAAGCUUUAGCCGAAGCAGAAGCUAAUGUCAAUGUUGCCUUAUCCAAUGCAUCACAUAAUAAUAAUAAUAAUAUUCGAACAACACCAGCCAAAGCUGAUAAUCAAUUAGAGAUAUGUGGAGAAAAAGAUUCUAAUAAGAUCUGUUCACAAUCUGGUUUACCACCGCUAGUUAAUUCGUCUCCUGAAUCUGUUGAAGAUGAAGUAGGACAAAACUCACAAUUUCAACAAUUAUUAAAUAAACGUGAAGAGUUUCUACGAAAUAACUUAUUACGUAAACGAGCCGAGAUAUUACGAACACAAAUUUAUGAACGAUCAAUCAUGUACAAUCCAACUUUUCCCGGGUAUAGAGGACGCAUUCAACUAAAUCGAGAGAAAUACUGA